AUGGGCAAUUAUCGUCGCAAACAAGCACUAAAUAGCAACGAAAUAUCCUCUCCACGUGACAUUAACUAUUUAGCUGAAAACUUAUUUCCUGACAGAUUAGAACAUUCAUUAAGUUGUGUUUGUCGGGAAUUAGUCAAAAAUAAAGAAAAAUUUCAUCGUUUACUUUCAUUUGUUGUUGCAUCCUCUCUGGUAGAUGAGAGAAGAAUACGUUAUCCAACUUAUCUUAUAAUGACAGCAUUGGAUGAAAAAGACAUUGCUUUGUUAAGCACAAAUAUGCCGACUUGGGAAAAACGAAAAUUUUCAACUUUACAUUCACAAUUUUUUGAAUGUAAUAAAAUUAUUGGAUAA